AUGGCACUUUGGGAAUCAAUAGUGAGCAAUGUUUUUGGAGGACUUUCCAACGACUUUAAGAAGAAGAAUUUCUCCCUAUAUGGUCAAUGGAUCGGUAUCUUCACCAUCUUUUUAUGCAUAGCAUUGGGAAUAGCCAACAUCUUCCAUUUCAAUUUGGUCAUCAUAUUUUCGAUCAUAUGCUUAGUCCAAGGGUUGAUUGUCAUAUUUGUUGAAAUACCAUUUCUUUUAAGAAUAUGCCCCUUGACCGACACUUUUACCAACUUCGUUAGAAAAUUCGAUGGCAAUUUACCAAGGUGUGGGUUCUACCUUUUAAAUGCAGUGAUUCAGUAUCUAAGUUUGACAUUGCAAGCUACAAGUUUGAUUGUUGUUGCGGUAUUUUUCACAUUGUCAUCUGCCUGCUAUGCUUUAGCUGCGGCAAAGAACCAAGAGUACUUGAAAUCCUCAAUCGAUGUUUCAGGAACAGGACAGGGCGGAGCCUUGGAGGCACAAGUUGGAGAGCACGUUGUAAGGAAUGUAUUGUAG